UUGUUGGAAAUUCGGAGGCGCGCUUGUUAAGACCAUGGGGGGAGCCAGCUCGUUCGUGGCAAUGUUGGCCAUUACCGGUUUUCUCAGUGCAACGUGGACGGCCUCCAGGUUGUCGAGGGCCGUUGGAGUGUCGGACAUUGUGCUGGUCAUUGCGACAGGAGUGCUGUUGGGCCCAGACAUCGGCGGCCUCAUAAGCACCGAGUAUUCUCAGUGCUCGCAUGCCCGGCAUGCGGUGGAAUGCGAAGUCAAGGACCUGUCAGCGCUCAGCAAGCACUUGGCAGAGAUCGAGCACUUGGGCCUUUGCAAUCCAGCAGACUACGAACACGAGCACGACGAACACGCCACGACAACGAACGCGACGCAUGGAACAGGCAACGGAACGAGCGAUGGGAGAAGCUGCACCUGCGAGGAAUCUGGUGGUUCGCAUCAUCGUAGGCUUGCAGGUGGUGGCACCUUCCAUAGCUACCAGGAAUGCCUGGAGAAGACAUGUCACGCAGAGAUUUCCCAUGAGUGCCAGCUGACACCCGACGUUUUUACGCUCAUCGGGCAUGCAGGCGUGGCGCUGAUGAUUUUUGAGAGUGGGAUGCAUUUCGACUUUGAGAAAGCGAAGAAGGUGGGUUUUAGGGCCUGCUGUGUGGCCGUUUUGGGCACCAUUCUACCUCUGGUGGCGGGCACGUUGCUGACCAUGGCCUACCAGAAGCCCUUCUUCCCCAUGGGCGUGGCCGCGGGCACGGCCCUGGCCCCCACCAGUGUGGGCAUUGCCUUGCGACUGCUGGGGGAAGCCGGGGUGUUGAAGGAAGAUUUCGGGCAGGCCAUCAUUACAGCUGCAUUCGUGGACGACAUUUUGUCUCUGGUGCUCUUCAAUGUGCUUUUUUCUCUGGGCGGAGAAUUCGAUGUGGUGCAAGUGGUGGUGAACCCCUGCGUCGGGGUGGUGAUCAUGUUGUUGGCCAUGUAUGCGGCGAUGAAGUUUUGGCCCAGAUUCAUCAAUGGCUAUCUACUGCCCAAGAUUCCGGAGAUUGAGGGUGUCAAGGUGGCACGUAGAGAUGAGGUCCUUUUCCUGUUAAUGUUUCUGCUUUUGUUGGCAUAUGCCAGCAUCACCCACUUCUUGGGCACCCAUUUGUGGGGCUGCUUCAUCGCCGGCAUGUCCUUCGCGUGUUUGCAACCGGCGCACCAUGCACACCACGUGUGGCAACGGCAGACCAAGCGGGUCACAUCUUGGAUGAUCAGGAUCUUUUUUGCGUGCACCGUUGCAUUCUCGAUUCCGAUCUCCAAGCUCCUCUCGGUGGAAGCUCUUUGGAAAGGAUCCAUCAUGGGCAUCGGCCCUUGCAUCCUAACGAAGGUUUUCUGCGCCCUCUUCAUGGGCGAUGCACGUUGGGUCAUCGGCUGGGCCAUGGUGGGGCGCGCCGAGUUUGCGUACCUGAUUGCUCAGAUGGCCGCUGCCUCGAACAUGUUGGAUGAGGAGAUGUUUUCGGUGGUGAUUUGGGCCCUGCUUUGGGCCACCGUCUUUGCACCAUUUGUUUUCCGCUAUGUGCUGAACAGCCACAUCAAGGCCCAGGGCCUGGAGGAUAAACCGCCGAACCGUUCCUUCUUCUUUGGUCCGAGUCGCCCCGGCGUUGGCGUGGAGCGCCUACGCCCGAGAAGGUCACCCUUCCGUUGGACCCCAAGGGUGCCACCCCCGAAGCCUUGGAAAUCAUGGAGGCGGGCGCCGCCAAGGCCGCCAAGGCACCCGACAAGGCACCCGUGGAGCCCUCAGUGGAUGCGGUGGCCACGACAGCUGAGAUCGAGGAUCCGGUGCCCACGAUGAGUCCACAAAGCACUCCGGAGCUCAGCACAGCGUCACCGGAGCAGAACAGUAAGGCCCACUUGUGACGGAAGAUGAUGUGACAAUGAGAAGUGAUGAUAAGUGAUCCAAGAUGUGGAGAACUCACAGUGAGUUCUAGGCUCCCUUUUUUGAACAAAUGAGCUGAGGCUAGCUGGGGAUGGGCCAAAAGAUGCGGUUUCGGAU